AUGUCAAGUACGACGGUUGACCUAUCCCAAGUUCCAUAUGGUUAUAUCCCAGGAACAUAUGUGGCUUAUUCAAUGUUGUUUGCCUUUGGCUCAAUUCUCGUGAUCCACCUUUUCCUGAGCAUCCGCCAUCGCACGUGGUUCCUGCUACCGACGGUGGCAAUGUGCGUGUCCCUUGAACUUGUUGGUGGGGUGCUCGGCUGUGGUCACACCACAAACCGACUCUGUAUCUUCCAUACAUCACACAACUCUCUCAUUUUCACCGCUUGCGGAAGUCGCAUCAUGCUUAUUGGUUUUAGCAUACAGUUCGCCACUUUACUCGCGUUCUCUAUCUUCGCGUUAGAGUUUUCGUACCGAUACUCAAAAGACGCGCCAGUAAAUUCAAGCAAGGACUUCCAUCGAGGACAAUUCAGUAAAGGAAUCAAAUUCACUAAUCUCGCACUGGCCGUCGCUAUGCUUUGCCUGACUAUUCGGUGA